UUCUGGAAAAUGUUUGACUUUUUUGUCCAAUUAAACCUGUUUGGAGAUUCUAUGCUUUUAAACAAGACAUCUAAAGGCAUUUUCUUCAGACUUCCUUCACUUGGUGAGCCGGAUAUUAAUGCAACAGAGAAAGAAGUACUUCAACCAGACGAAAACAAAGAAGAAAGCGGGGUCUACUUCAUCAUAGUGAUACAACUGGAUGUAAACAUGACGGACCCAUCCAAAGAUUUUCCUUCACUUAAAAAUCGAAUACGAAAUGCCUGUUGGCAGUACCUCAGAGUGGUAGUGCAUUUCCAACUGUAUCCCACAGUUUGGCUUAACAACACAGGUUUCGUUUUCGAGGAGCUCGGCGAAAACCAAGUGACGAACUAUCUGGAUAUUCUCAAGACGGAAAGAAAUUUUAAAUCGAAGAUACUUUUGCGAAAAAGCGAUGACAUCCCAGAGAGUCACCAGAAUGCGCUGUCAAUCAUUUCUUACGUUGGAUGUACUUUAUCUAUUUUGGGGCUGUUUUUCACGAUUUUAACCAUCACCCUCUCAAGGAAGCUUCGUCGCCUUCGCCAAAACCAAAUACUAGCGUAUUUGUGUGUGUCCCUCCUGGCCGCCAUAUUGCUGUUUACAUUUGGUAUCAACGGCAUGACAGGCUCAGACUCACUGGACGUUUGUAAAGCCAUAGCAGCCCUUCUUCAUUAUUUCCUACUCUCCUCUAUUGUCUGGAUGAGUAUCGAGGCAUACAACCUGUAUCAAGACCUGGUCAAAGUUUUUGACACCACAUUUAUUUCACAAAACGAGUUCAUGUGCAGGGCGGGAGUGGUGGGAUGGAUUGUUCCUGCCAUGAUUGUGGUGAUAACUGUAUUGGCUGAACCUCAGUCCUACGGCUUCCACGUCAUGGACAAGAAUAAUGAAACGCUUUGCUGGAUGGACGCAGACGCAUUCUACGGUGCAUUCCUUGCCCCAGUCCUCCUCUUGAUGGCUGUCAACGCUUUCAUUUUCCUCGCAGUUAUGAAGGAAAUUUACAACAUCCCUCACAUGGGUGAGAAGAACAACCGUCUGUCGCACUUCCGUGCUACGGUGUCCGUGUUUUUCCUCCUCGGUCUCAACUGGUUAUUCGCCGGUUUAGCUGCCACUGUUGGAACAUUGGUGUUCCAUUACUUGUUCACGAUCACAUGUUCGUUUCAAGGUUUCGUCAUUUUCCUCCUACAUGGAAUCCUUAAAAAGGAUUUUCAGGAGGCUUGGCACGUGCUCACAGUCAUGGAGAGGAUUCGCAGCAGCAGCUUUGCCACACCGAUCUCCAAGACCGUGAGCAUGUCGUCCCAGUCCACCACAUUUGGGGUAAACGGGCGUGCUAAUCCCAUCACGCUGAGUGGCUCAACAGUCGGGGAGUCUGGGAUUCAAAUUCAAGUUAAUACCAGUGUAAUUAUCUCGUCUUAGAACAAUUCUCAGUUGAGUGCCGGAAAUUCAUGAUUCCAAUGGGAAAAGAAACAAAAGGAACCAAUAAGAAAUCAGAGUAUACGAACUUUACCAUUCUUAAGCGCGGGAAAAAAAAACAGGGCCAAGUCGCGAUCGUAUUUAUUUUUACUUCUGAUUGGU